AUGCCCGCGCAGCCCCAGGCUCAUCCCCCCGUGCACCCGUCCCGCGCGCCCCACGGCGCCAAGAAGGGAGUCCGAGGCAAGCCCGCGCUGGCCAUGGACGAUGACGACCGCGACCCGGCGCAGUGGCUUGGGUUCUCGCUUCCGCCGCGCGCGCCGCACAACCAUAUCGAGCGCGCUGUUCCCCGUCGCAGCAAGCGCGGCGACUCGUGGCGCGGCAGCGCGCUCACCCGCGAGAAAUUUGUCAACGCCAGCUAUCGCUUCGUCGUCAAGCCCACCGAGACGUUGAGUUAUGGUGCCCACUUUGCAGACCCGGACAUUGCCCUCCACUGGCCGAACAUUCUCCAGAUUCUCGUGCCGACGUACUCGUCGUACUCUGUUGCGCAGGGAUUUGUGGCUAGCGAGGACGAGGUGGACGACGACGUGGGCGGCGAGUCGGCUGCGGAACGGCGCCGACGCGUCGAGGAGGAGCGACAGGGCCGUUCAUGCCCCAUUUGCCUCAGCAAGCCCGUCGCUGGACGAAUGACCAAGUGUGGACAUAUCUUUUGCUUUCCGUGCAUCAUGCACUUUAUCCAACUCUCAGACGUCCCGCGGUCCGCAUCCUGCCCUAUCUGUGGCGACACGAUACAUGAAGGCAUGCUCAAGAGCGUCCGGUACCUCGACGCCGAGACGAUGGUGAAAGCGGCACAAGGAGAAGGCCAAGGAGUCGACCAGCUCGGUGCCGACGCGACGAUGGACGAGGCCAAGAUUAUCGAUUCGGAACCGGCAACGGCAGCCGGUGGAGCCCAUCGCAUCCACAUGCGCCUCCUGCAUCGUCCCCAGAUGACCACACUGGCACUGCCAGCGACACCGACGUGGCCAUCGGACGCGAUUCCUCCUCUCACUGUACCCUGGCAGUUCCUCCCGGAUGUCCUGACGUACUCGCGCGUGAUGUUGGCGACGCCCGAGUACAUGCUGUUGCAGCUCAACCGCGAGCUGGAAGAGCUCAAGGCUGAGUGGAACCUGUUGCAAGGCGACGACCUGGGGCGUGGAUUUGUCACGUCUGCGCGUAACAAGGUUGAGCGCCAAAUCGGCAAGGUCACAAACGAGCUCAUGACGCCUGUCGUGCGCCACAACGAGGCCGAGGCGCGCGACGCGUGGAGCGAGGCCGUAAAUGGCGAGCGCCGUGCCCGGGAACGCCAUGUUGAGCGCGAGCAACGAGCAAAGGAACGCGCCGAGCGCGAGCUGGAAGCUCCCCCGCAAGUGGUCACCGACGAGGCCGAGGUGCCAGUCGAGUUCCUCGCGGCCUCGGACGUUUCCUACCGCGGCCCCACUGUUCACGUCCCUCCCAACGUCGUCGUCGAGCCCAACCCAAUGCCGCCUACUGUGGGUAAGAAGAACCAGAAGAACCGCCGCCGACAAGGUGGAGCGGCCCCAAAGGCCCCACCUAUCCCGCCUGCACCAAGCUACUACUUUUACCAAUCGUCCCUUGGCGUCAACGUCUUCCUCAACCCCUUGGACAGCCGUAUCCUCCUCGCACACUUCCAUUCGUACUCGGCCUUCCCGCAGCACAUCUCAUUCACGACUACGGGAUACGACUCGGCCACCGUCUCCGAGGACCUGCGCCGACGCGUCAAGUACCUCUCUCACUUGCCCGUCGGCACCGAGGUAGUGUUUGUCGAGGCCGACCUCGCAGGCAUUGUCAGCCCCGAGGUCCUGGCCCAGUUCGAGCAGCCUCUCAAGGCACGUCGCGCCAAGCGUCGUGACCGUGUGCGCCGCGAGGACAGGGACAAGCGCCGUGCCGAACAGGCUGAGAGGGCCAUGAUGCCCGAGAUGCACAUUACACCCUCGGCGCAGGCCGUAGACCACGACCACGAGCUCGCCAUGGCGCUUGCAGCCUCGCGUCUCGACUCGGGACUCUCCGUCUCGCCCGAGGUUGGUGCCGCGUUCCCACUCCCGGGCAGCAACACGGCCCACCAGCUCGCUGCGUCCCCGCCCUCUGCGUCGUCGGGCUCGUUUGCGUGGGCCGUCCACUCGCGCAACAUGUCGAGUGCGCCCAUCGGCCGCCGUGAGGAGAGACUCAACAUGGAGGGAGUGGAGGAGGCGUGGAGCGGCUUCAAUGCGGAGCACGAGGAAGUGGCAGCGGCGGAGGCGGAGGGGGCAGGACUGGCGGGUGGAAAGAAGAAGAAGAGUAAGAAGACAAGCAAGAAGCUGGUCCUGGGCGGAGCGGGACGGCAGGCAUAG